CCCGUUCUCUCAUUGAUAGUCUUGAGCUCCGUUUUGCGAGCUGCACGAGCCUUGUGAGCUGAGCCAUGGGGAAGAGGUACUACUGCGACUACUGCGACCGCUUCUUCCAGGACAACAUGCACAACCGCAAGAAACACCUCAACGGGGUCCAGCACCACCGAGCCAAAAAGGCCUGGUUCGACACCUUCCGAGAUGCUGCAACGAUCUUCAUUGAAGAGCAAGCCAAGAAACCAUGCAGGAAGUUCAUUCAGACAGGACAGUGUGUUUUUGGCUCAAACUGCAGGUUCUCUCAUAUGACAAAAAAGGACAUGGAUCUCCUACGACAACAUAUUGAAGCUGAGAAGCAGCAGAGGGAGGAUCCCAAGGCUGGCUCUGUGUCUGCUGAACGGUGUGUUGAGGACUGGCUGGCUAGGAGAGAGAAGAGAAAGGCAGCUAUGAACAGUGGCAGAGUGCUUAAAGAGGAGGAUGAAGAUACCGCCACAGGCAGUGAUGUGCCUCCACACUUCCUGUCCAUACAAGACCUCCCAGCUUCUCUUCUGCCACCCCCGUCUGGUGGCUGGAAGAAUUUGCCCCAUACAGAGUGGGGCUGAGUGCCCCCUGGUGGCUGGAAAAGGUCAUGUUGCCCACAGUGGAGUUCAGCUGGCUUGUUUACACCACUUAUCUCUUUUUCCAGCAGUAUAGAGUUGAGGCUAAGGGAGCUGAACUUCCUGCCAGAAAUUUCACAAUUUUAAACCCAUGUCUGGCACUAAUGCUCUUGAAUAGACCAGCUGUUUGAUAUUUUAUAGCGUAAAUGUAUGUUUUCCUCUUUGCUGUGGAUGGUGGGGAACUCAAUGGUGUCAUUUGCCUAAAAGCAUUAAUGUCAUGCAUGCUUUUCCCAUUGUGUUCUGAGGUAACAAUUGAUGUUGGCAUAUGCACAUAAGAAAGGAGGAAAAGCUUAUUUCUUUUGGGGGGGAAAAGGAUGAAUUUUAGGGUAAGUCUGGCACAUUGUGACAUUUCAGUGUUUCUGCACGAAGGAUGAAGGCACAACCUGGAACGGGUUUCGGCUCCCUAGUGUAACAUGAGUUGACACCUAGUGCUAAUGGAAAUUAACAUUGCCUUUCGGAAAUGUCGACCAGAAAUAUAACGGAAGGUGACCUCUGAGUAAUUGGCUCUAUCAGUCAGGCCUUCUUUUUUUAUAUGAAUUUUACGUUCUUGCAUAUUGGUUAGCUGAGCUCUUUCUUCUACAUGUUUAAUGAUCUACCGUUGUUAAAUUUUUUUUGAUAAUUCUAUAUAUCUCAUUGAUGGUACAUGGCUGUAACAAAAUGGAUUUUAGAUGUUUAAAGGACCCCACUGGAUCCUGCUUCUGGAAAUCAUACCCAUUUGUGGGACUGCAGUGGCCUUAUCUGCAGGACAGAAGCCAGAGUCAGCAGAUUGUGCACAUUUCUAGUAAAAACCCUUUUGUUUGUUACAACCAAACAGUGUCUUUGUCAAGCACCCCAGCCAUAAGUAUCCAUGGCCAAAGCACAUCUUUUUCACCUGUUGAAUACAGGGAGUGUCUUACUUCCAUGGCUUCUCUUCCUCAAUUCUUACACCGGCUGCUUUAAUGGCUGUUUGACUGGCCUUUGAAUUGUGAGCAGCUGGUCUUCAUUAGACUUAAUUGGCAGAGGCCAACUAGUGCACUAUUCAUUGUUGUCAACACUGCCGCACGCCAUGUUUCCACCACUUGAUAGUUUACAAAAUGUAAUUAAAUGUUUUU